AUGGACGUCGUGCUGCCUUCUGAAUCAUGUAAACAAUACAUACGACACUAUCAAGAUAUGCAUCGAGAGCUGAUUCGUUCAACGGCUAGCAUCGCUCUAGCCUUCCCUAAUGCCCAUGACUUCGCUGAGGCCACAGGCAUGAGCCCUCAAUCAUGGCAACUCAGUGUGGCGAACAGCACUUGUGCUUCUCAAGAAUGCCUUUUUAGGCUCUACACAGAUCCUAGGACGCGUCCCUUAGAUGUUCAAGCUGUUCUUGGCUCACCAGUAUGGCGUAAAGACAUGUGGAAUCUUUUGCCAACAAUCAAUGUGGAUGAGCCUCAAUAUGCAGAACGCAGAUGGUCUGUGUACGUUAUCAAGCUUGAAGAAAGUCGUGGCCAUAGCGUUGAGGGAGGACAAGAUCUAAGCCCCGGACAGAAUCCACAGGUCAGUCAAGUAGAUCAAGGAACCUACGUGGGAAGCGCGCAAUCACAAUCGGCAGGGAGCGGUUCCCUGGCUGGUGAGAUCAGCCGGUUAGUCUCUGGUCAUGAACACUUCUUUCAGUUGUCUACAGAUGACAUCUGGGAACUCAGGAGUACAAGUGCGGAGUCGAGUGCCCUGUAUGUGCAUACGAUUGGAGCACGCGAAGAAGUUCCCAGAUCGUACCAUUCGACCGCCUCCUUCCCUGUAAUCGAAUCAGCCUCGUGGUUUCAAGCCCGGAUCCGGCAAUCGAUUCAGCGUCUUGAGAACGACCAGGCUAUCAUUCUGGGUUCUUGGAAUAUGAGUAGACCAAAGGGUCCAAGAGCGAGUAUAAUUACGGGACUCUCAAGCAUAUUUCGAAAAAAGUGCGGCCAUCUUCCUGGCCCCGUCCUUCGCGGAAUGGCCUUUAACCAAGUUUUGCCUUCCUCACGAGCGCAGCAGCUACAUUCCCAAUCACCUUCCAUUGCAGUCCAAGGCCUUUGCGACGCAUUACGACUGUUUCACGAGAAGACCAGCGAGGUCCAUCUAGACGCAUGGAAUAUCCGGUGCAUCUUUAGCGAGAACGAAGGACUCAUAAAAUCGAGUCGGCACAUACUGCCUUCAAGUGUCCGACAGUUUGUGAGGAUGUGCUACGCGGAUGUGCUUCGUAAAAAGGGUCUGAAGUACGAGAGGCGAUCUUGUCAGAUGCUUCGACUCCUCUUUCCGAUUCUCUGGGGUCUUGCCCAACCCUUUGAUGCGUCGGGGCUUGUACUUGGAGAAUAUGAUGCGGAACAUAUCCUGCACUGGGCCGCCGUUGAUUGGUGUCGUCUUGCUCAACUCGCGCAAAAGAUCGCUCCUGAAGGCGAGGAAAAGACAUAUUCGCCUGCCUUCUGCGCUCAGAAAGGCCGCGCCAGAGGAUUGAUGCAAUUUUUCUCCAUGCAAUUUCUUGAUAGUCGUGUUAACUUCGACACCAUCAACGGCCUCGAAAUUGUAGAAUUGCUAGCCCCGACAACGAAAGAAGGAAUCAAGAGUCUUCUUAAAGAGCUGAGGGAUCAUGUUCUUCAGACUUCUUCUUCUCACAUUACGCGUGAACUUGACCUUCGAAGCAAGAACAAGAUGAUUCAGUUGUCCGAGACUGAGUUAAGUCGUCUCGGCAAAGCAUUUAGGGGGGUGACAGAAUAUGUCCUCAGGCGCAUCCUAGUUAAUGUCGAAGGGGUACGGCUCGUCGACCGGAUAGCGUGUUCAGGUUCCUAUGAACAAGACAGUGAAGCUCUGGCGACUAGAACUUCUCCGAUUCUCGCCAAGGACUGGCGCGAUAAUUUGCUCACGGGAUUACAACCCUAUGUGCAAAAUGCCAACGCUGACAUCUGCGAUGAUACCCCUUCCGACUCCAAGGCUACGAACGAGAUGAAUGCUCUUACUUUGUUUUCAAAUGAACAGUCCAUGAAACUCGACGGCGUUGAGCUCAUCGAGGAGGAUAUUUUAGAUCUACGAAAAUAUCGCUCCUGGAUCACUGAAGAAGGAGAAUAUCAUCAAGCUGUCCAGAACUCCAGUGAGGUUCCCCAAAGAUCCGGAGUCCUUACACUUCUAGAGAAAGACAUGCGUCGAGAAGACAUAAAGGCACCGAGUCAAACGAAAAAAGUAAGACCCAAAAAGAAACGCCCCGCCAAAGACGCUGUUUCUCUGGUUAUCGAAGAAGUCCAAACGAUUGAAAAGUUUACCCCCCGAUGCUGUACCUCGUGA